AGGAGGGGACAGCUGCGGGGGCGCGGGGAGGGAGCGUCUUCAGGCAGGGGGCCCCGUCAGGCGGGGGGCCCAUGGCCGAACCCGGAAGCCGGGAGCCCGAGACCAGGGCCUGCAGCCCCAGCGUCUCCGCCGCCGCCAUGGCCCGGCAGCAGCUCUUCCGCGCGCUGGUGUCGGCGCAGUGGGUGGUGGAGGCGCUGCGGGCCCCGCGCGCGGGGCAGCCCCUGCAGCUGCUGGACGCCUCUUGGUACCUGCCCAAACUGGGCCGCGACGCGCGCCGCGAGUUCGAAGAGCGCCACAUCCCCGGCGCCGCCUUCUUUGACAUCGACCAGUGCAGCGACCGCACAUCGCCCUAUGACCACAUGCUACCCAGCGCGUCGCACUUCUCCGAGUACGUUGGCCACCUGGGCGUGGGCGCCGCCACCCACGUUGUGAUCUACGACGCCAGUGACCAGGGCCUCUACGCGGCGCCACGUGUCUGGUGGAUGUUUCGCGCCUUUGGCCACCGUACAGUGUCGCUGCUUGACGGCGGCCUCCGCAACUGGCUACGCCAGGGCCUGCCGCUGAGCUCCGGCAAGAGCCGCCCAGUGCCUACCGAGUUCCGCGCCACGCUGGACCCCGCCUUCGUCAAGACGUACGAGGACAUGAAGGAGAACCUCGAGUCCCGGCGCUUCCAGGUGGUGGACGCCCGAGCCGCUGGCCGAUUCCGGGGCACCGAGCCUGAGCCCCGAGAUGGCAUCGAACCUGGCCACAUCCCCAGCACUGUGAACAUCCCUUUCACGGACUUCCUGACUGAGGAGGGCCUGGAGAAGAGCCCCGAGGAGAUCCGCCGCCUGUUCCAGGACAAGAAGGUGGACCUGUCCCAGCCCCUGGUGGCCACCUGUGGCUCCGGCGUCACAGCCUGCCAUGUGGCACUGGGGGCCUACCUCUGCGACAAGCCCGAUGUGGCCAUCUAUGAUGGUUCCUGGGUGGAGUGGUACAUGCGUGCCCAGCCUGAGGAAAUCAUCUCUGAGGGCCGGGGCAAGACCCGCUGAGGCUGAGUAGGACAUGACCGGAAACUCAGGUGACAUCCGGCUACCAGCUGUGCCCAGCCUGGUUGUUCUGAGGCUGCUUCGACUAGGAGAGCAUUUCUUCCUCCAACUCACGGGGUGGCACACGGGGUGACAUCGCAGAGGCCAGGAGUUCCGUUGACUCAUAGGCUCCCAGGGGAGGCAGGAGAGAAGGUGGCAGUGGGCACUGGGGAAGCGGUGCUGAGGUGGGCCCCACCUCCCUUCUGUUUUACUGGUGAGAAAAUAAAAUAGCCAAGUGCUAAAUGCUUCUUCUUACA